ACAGCCCUCCGGAGCUCUGUUGAUAUAGGCAGCGCCGUCCUUUCACUGGAGGUUAUGGCUGAGGACUUUGUAAGGAGAAGAGAAGAGGACAACUCCGAUUAUGUGAUAGGAACAAUGCGUUAAUCUGCGUUUAUGUGCGCAAUGAGUUUAUGAAUGUUUCUUUACGCAGCGGCUGUGAUGAGCUCUGAAUCAAGAAGGCGUUGAACCUGCUACAAUGUCACACGCACAGGUUGAGAUACCAGGACGCGGUUUCCCAGGCCUCUCUAUGGAUAUGACCGACGACUGCUUAUCCCGGGUGCCAUCCGUGCUCAGGGCGCACGGUUUGGGCGCACGGAGAAACUCUUACGGGCUGCAGAAAAUUAGCGUGGACAUCGAUUCGCCUCUGUACAGCGGCGCCCUUUCCAAAGCCUUGUCCUGGUCAGCUGAGAAUAUAUUAACGCUGCCCGAGUCCAGAGCAGAGGAGGAGAAAACCGACGACUAUCCGCCGUCGCCGUCCCCAGUUUCCAGCCCGGGCACCAGCUCCAACACGCCCCCCUGCAGCCAGGAGCCUGACGCCGGCUCUCUCAGCGGGACCUGGAACCCGAAAACCAGCGCCCAGGACGCCAGCUCGGAGUCUGAAAAUGAACUUCAUCACAAACAGCACAAGGUCUUGUCUCGCAUCACUUUUGAUACUCAGUGGGAGCAGGAGGAGAAAGAAGACGUGGAGACCAAAGCGGUUGCAACCUCACCUGAUGGAAGAUAUCUCAAAUUCAACAUAGAGAUUGGAAGGGGGUCCUUCAAGACGGUAUAUAAAGGACUUGACACAGAGACAACAGUGGAGGUGGCAUGGUGUGAGCUACAGACCCGUAAGCUGACCAAGGCAGAGCGACAGCGUUUCAGUGAGGAGGUGGAGAUGCUAAAGGGCCUGCAGCACCCAAACAUCGUCCGCUUUCACGACUCCUGGAAGUCAACGGUUAAGGGCCUCAAGUGCAUCAUCCUGGUGACCGAACUCAUGACCUCAGGCACGCUCAAAACGUACUUGAAGAGGUUCAAGGAGAUGAAGCUGAAGCUGCUGCAGCGCUGGAGUCGUCAGAUCCUAAAAGGGCUUCACUUCCUGCACACGCGCACUCCUCCCAUCAUCCACCGGGACCUCAAGUGUGACAACAUUUUCAUCACUGGCCCUACCGGCUCCGUCAAGAUAGGAGAUCUCGGGCUGGCCACUCUCAAAAGUGCCUCUUUUGCUAAAAGUGUCAUUGGAACACCAGAGUUCAUGGCCCCUGAGAUGUACGAGGAGAAGUACGACGAAGCGGUGGACGUCUACGCCUUUGGAAUGUGCAUCCUGGAAAUGGCCACCUCUGAGUACCCGUACUCCGAGUGCCAAAAUGCCGCCCAGAUCUACCGCAAAGUCACCAGUGGAAUUAAACCUGACAGUUUCUACAAAGUCAAAGUCCCAGAACUGAAGGAGAUCAUUGAGGGCUGCAUUCGCAUGAACAAUGAUGAAAGGUACACCAUUCAGGACCUCCUGGAACACCCCUUCUUCCGGGAGAACAAUGGCGUGCACGUGGAGCUGGCAGAAGAGGACGACACGGUGAAGUCGGGUCUGAAGCUGUGGCUGCGCAUGGACGACACCAAGAAGCUCCACGGGAAGUACAAGGACAACAACGCCAUCGAGUUCCUCUUUGAGCUCUACAAAGACGUGCCUGAGGAGGUGGCUCAGGAGAUGGUUGUGCUUGGGUUCGUGUGUGAGGCUGACUUUAAGCUCGUGGCCAAGGCCAUACGGGACAGGGUGGCGACCAUCAAGCGGCAGAGAGAGAAGCUAAGGCGGCUGGCAGAGGAGCGGAAGAAGAAGCAGGAGCAGGAAGCCUUAGAAGAAGAACCAGAGCCUCAGACUCCUUUACCCAAAGUCAGCGACAUUGUUGCAGCAGAGUCACCCACCCCGGCCCUGACGCCUCCGGCCCCAAUCUUGUCCCCCGUCACCAGCUCUGUGGACUCUGGCGUCAGCUCCAACUACCCUGCAGAGCCAGAGGAGCCAGAGGCAGACCAACACUUCCACAUGCGCUACAACAGCUUGUCCUCUGCUAACUCUGACUGCGAGACAGACGGCUAUCUAAGCUCCUCUGGGCUUCAGGAUCCGCUGGAGGCCGGCAGCUUCAACACAACCCCUCCCACCACACACACCGACACACCGACUGCAAACGGUUUCCCCAUCCCAGCCCUCCGCUUCCCCUCGAGUAUUGCCGUUUCCAACAACAUAGAACAUAGCAACUCAGGGCCCCCGAGCGGCUUCAACUCUCCUGUGGACAGCUACGCCUCUGAUGUGACUUCAGGCUUGAGUGACGGCUACGAGGGCCUAUCAGAGAAGAACGAGAAAACGGCUGGUAGGCGAACUGCCGCGAAGCUGUUCAGGAGGAGGGCGCGCUCAAGGCUGCGCAUCACAGGGCUCUCCGAUAAAGUGGACCGGGUGGUGGAGUGUCAGCUGCAGACACACAAUGAGAAGAUGGUGACCUUCAAGUUUGACCUGGAUGGAGAUAACCCUGAAGACAUCGCAGCUGUCAUGGUGCACAAUGAGUUCAUCCUCCCGUCAGAGAAGGAGGGCUUCAUCCACCGCAUGGGUGACAUCAUCAAGCGGGCCGAGUCUCUGAUGACCAAAGAGCAGCCAGUCCACUCAAGCGGACACCGACUUCCCCAGCCUGCUUUCCACGGCGGGGUUAACUCAUUGUCUUCCUCACAGCCUAAUCUGCACAGUCACACCCUGCCUCGAACCAGCUCCUCCUCGUCUCUGCCUGACUUCAGUCUGGCUAACCCGAGCGUUGGGGUACGUGGCUCUCCCCCGUGCCCCAAUGGAGACGUCUUCAGUGCAGACAUUACUUCACCUGGGCGACCUCUAAUGCGCUCACAGUCUUUCCACAACGCCCCAGGUUCUCCUCUCCAUUACCAGAACCAUCACAACCCUGCGUCUCUCCUGCCCCACCACCAGCACUACCACUUGCCCUACAUGGGCCACAGUCACUUCCCAUUCACAUACCCAGGCUCUCCGGGUUCCCCCAACCAUCCUCCCCUCACACGUGUAGCCAGUAACCCCACCUUACCUUCUGUUCCCUCCCCAGCCCCCGGUUCCCCAGGUCCUCUAAUAGAAACCCCAAGUCCCGGCAGCAAUGAGAGUGUUAACAUGUCCUCACAUGCCCCUCAGCAUCCCAACAUGUGGGCCCCCCACACGCAGCCCCUGUUUUCCUUAGCUAAUGUCAUCUCCAUGGCCAUGAGCAUGGCCCAGUCUUUCAUCCCUCCUCCAAGCAUGCCCACCCAUGGGAUGUCCUCCUUUCCAGGCUACCACCCCCAGCUACACUCUCAAAUGAACCCGCAGUCAGGUUACCCCUCUGUCUACCAACAACAUUACCAGACCCCACCAGUAGAGGUCCCUUACCCCACCGCAGGCAUCCCAUCACAGAACGUCUACCACAGCCCUGAGAAUACGUCUCAGAUGGAUGGUUAUCCUCAGAGCACUUAUCAUCAGAGCAGUCAUCCAAGCUGGCUGCAUCCUGUCUCUCCACCCACUAUGCCUUCCACUCCUCCACUGGUUCCCCAGGAGCCUUUGCAGCAUUUUGGACUCUCCAGUCCCCACAGCAUGACCCAGGAGGAGAGUUACCACGGUUAUGUGCCCCCAUACACAGCACAGGUUCCAGCUCAGGCUGAACCCAGAUCAGAAGUCUUCAGGUCAAACUCUUCAUCAGAUCUUUCCCCAUCGCCCCCAGAGAGCCCAGAAAGCACUUUAUCAUCCUUCAGCACUCAGCUGCACCCCGCUGUACCUGAGAUGAAUGCCAGUAGCCCUCAACCAAAAGCCUCUUCCACGGAAUCGGUCCAGUCUGCACCAGUCACUGUUGGGAGAUUCCAGGUGACACCCAGCAUGGACAUCCCUGCACUUCCUGUGCCAGUAGUUGCUGAACCCGCUGCACCGCAGCCGGCAGACAGCGGCAGCACCCCGUCAGAGAGCAGCACAGAGGAGCAGGGGGAGUCUGAGACGAGCCUGGGCACCUCCCUCACAAUGUCCCCUCCUCAAACGCAUCCCCACAGAGGGUCGACGGGGGUCCUCCAGGAGGUUGACGGACAGGUUGGGUGGGCUGGGAGCCAGGAGCAGCAGCAGGACAGAGAUGAAGAGGAUGAGGAUGUGGAGGAGGAGGAGGAGGAGGAGGAGUAG